AUGGUUACACUGACAGAGCAGAUAAUAAAUGAUCGUGGGAAGAUAUCUUUGGAUAAAACUACUGAAUUCUACACACUAAGUCUACGUGGUUUAAGUAUAACCAAGUUAGAAAGUCUAGGGACAACAAGGAAUAUAUAUGAAUGUAUUGACUUAAGCAAUAAUUAUAUUACUGAAUUAUCAUCAAUACCAUAUCUAAGUAAUCUUAAAUCUUUGAUAUUAUGUAACAACCAAAUAGAGAUAAUUGAGCGUGAAUUUAUUAGUAGUUUACCUAAUCUGGAAAGCUUAGUGCUAACACAUAAUAAUUUGAGUUCGUUAGAAUCAAUAAUUUCAAUCAUUGGAUUAAAGAAAAUUAAAAGAAUAUCAAUAUCAGAUAAUCCAGUUUCACUAAACACAUACUAUAGACUGUUCUUAAUCUACUUUUUACCAAGUUUGCGUUAUAUUGACUUCCAAAAGAUCUGUAAAGAAGAAAGAGUUAAAGCUGAAAAGUUUUUCACUGAAAAUCCUACCAGGAUUGAAAUUCUCAAUUUAAUUACAACAAAUAAGAUUGAUAAUGAUAUGAAUCAAAACUUAGCUGUAAAUGGUUCGAUUAAAGAUAUUGAUAAAAAAUCGGUACAUCUCAAUAGAAUGCUCAUUAAUACUACUAAUCCUCUAAAUCAACAAACUAUAAAUAAAAUUAAGAAUUCUAUAGCUAGUUGUACAAGUAUUGAUGAGCUUAGACAAUUGGAACAGGCUCUAAUUACAGGCUUAAUUCCAAUAGAACUAAAAAAGCUAAUUGAGAAGUAA